GCUUGCGUGAUGCGAGGUGGUUCCGCAUGCGCGGUGGGGUAGAACCAAGCGCACGCUGAGGAGGAUCGGCCGCUGCUGUGGCUGGACUAUCUGUUCUCUGCGAUUAAAGAGCACGGCACCGGAUCCCGGCGCGGGUUUCAGAUACAUACCUCAGAAUGCCGGGUCUAAGUUGUAGAUUUUAUCAACACAAAUUUCCUGAGGUGGAAGAUGUAGUGAUGGUGAAUGUAAGGUCCAUUGCUGAAAUGGGGGCCUAUGUCAGCUUGCUGGAAUACAACAAUAUUGAAGGCAUGAUUCUUCUUAGUGAGUUGUCCCGAAGGCGUAUCCGUUCUAUAAACAAACUGAUCAGAAUUGGCAGGAAUGAAUGUGUGGUUGUCAUUAGAGUGGACAAAGAAAAAGGAUAUAUUGAUUUGUCAAAAAGAAGAGUUUCUCCAGAGGAAGCAAUCAAAUGUGAAGAUAAAUUCACCAAAUCCAAAACUGUUUACAGCAUUCUUCGUCAUGUUGCUGAGGUGUUAGAGUACACCAAGGACGAGCAGCUGGAGAGCCUGUUCCAGAGGACUGCCUGGGUCUUUGAUGACAAAUACAAGAGACCUGGAUACGGUGCCUAUGAUGCAUUUAAGCAUGCAGUCUCAGACCCAUCUAUUUUGGAUAGUUUAGAUCUGAAUGAAGAUGAACGGGGAGUACUUAUUAACAAUAUUAAUAGGCGUUUGACACCACAAGCUGUCAAAAUUCGAGCAGAUAUUGAAGUGGCUUGUUAUGGUUAUGAAGGCAUUGAUGCCGUAAAGGAAGCCUUGAGAGCAGGUUUGAAUUGUUCUACAGAAACCAUGCCCAUCAAGAUUAAUCUAAUAGCUCCUCCUCGAUAUGUGAUGACUACAACAACUCUGGAGAGAACAGAAGGCCUCUCUGUUCUCAAUCAAGCUAUGGCUGUUAUUAAAGAAAAGAUUGAGGAAAAGAGGGGUGUCUUCAAUGUUCAAAUGGAGCCUAAAGUGGUCACAGAUACGGAUGAGACCGAACUUGCAAGGCAGCUUGAGAGGCUUGAAAGAGAGAACGCAGAAGUGGAUGGAGACGAUGAUGCAGAAGAAAUGGAAGCCAAAGCCGAAGAUUAACUUUGUGGGAAACAGUCCAUUUUAAGGAACACAAAGCAGCCCUUCCUGGCUGUAAACCCUAGACUUGAAAGUUUUCCAGUAUUGAAAACUUCAAAGCUGAAUAUUUUUUAUUUCCAAGUAUUUAAAUGUUCCAACAGACCAAAACAUGACAUGCCCUCCUUAAAGUCAGCUGUUUUCACA